CACGCGGCCGCACCACGGGACAUGUGCCGACGUGUUUCGUGCGACUCGCGCGAAAUGGCCGGAACGUUUUCCUCGGCGCCGACGGUUACGGAGCCAAACUGCGUUCCCUGAGGGUGUGAAGAGUAAACAUCCUUCAUGGAGGGGCAGCAUUGGUCUACUACUGGCUGGACGUUCGGGGACCGCUUUAAUGUCCAGAAAUUGCAUUCUGUGUGCCCCUAUCCAGACUGGCCAAAUUUUGGACCCUCGCUAGUUUUUGAGAAUGAUAACUUCAUUGGUGAGCAGCAGCCCUUAUCUUGCAAGUCAAACAGUUAUAGGUUCCAGAGUCUGAAAAGCAGUGGAGGAGCCUUUCCAUUGAAGAAAAGUUUCAGCUUUGCAUACCCAUUGUCAUUUCCAAGUAAUGCUGGGAAUUCAGCAAACUUUUGGAAUAAUGUGGCAGUGGAUCAGUAUAGAGGGAACUGUUUGGAUGUUUUGAAGAUGGGUGAAGAAAUCUCUGUUGUAUGUCCAAAUAAUAAAGAUGGAAAUUAUGGGAUUAAUAUCUACAGGCUGGAAAGUGGAAGUAACAUAAUUGAAAAUGAUGUUUCAUAUAACCAUAUAUUUUACAGGUUAGAAAAGCAUGCUGGGUUCAUUUCUCCUUUUCCUGCUUAUCAUAUUGUAGCUAAGUAUGUAAACAAUACUGCAUAUGUUCUCACAAGAUCUGAAAAGCAAACUGGUGUUUUUUCUUUAAGUGGGAGUUCCAGCAAGGGAAAGUUCUAUCAGAGAGUUUGUAGCAAGACAUCUACUCUAACUGGUGCUGACAUCAGUGAUGUUCUACCAGGUCAUUAUGCAGUAGCGUCAGAAAAUGGUAGAGUGUUUGUAAAGGACGUUUGUUCUAAGAGUUCAGAUGUAAUAUGGGAAUGCAGUUUUCAAGAAGAAAUGACGUCCAAAAAAUGUUCAUUCCAUUGCGAGUUUGGAAGGCAUCCACUUUCUGUUCUUGUUAAUAAUAAGUCAUCAUUAUGGUUAUGUGAUACUCGAAUUAGUGGACAGACUUCUAAUAGUUGUAAGAGACUUUUACUAAAUACUAACUGCAUGAAGAAAUUUAUAUCAGGGACAGAGGAAAUUAGUGUUUUUUCACAAUGCGAAGGUUUGCCGUAUUUGUAUGUUAUAACUUCAAAAGGUGUGCUUGUGUAUGAUGAAAGAUAUAAUAAAACUCCAAAUAUGAUGUGGCAACAUAGGUUAAAAAAUGUCCCAUCAUUUGUAACUAAGCAGAAAUUUGGAGAUUCUGAAGCUGUUAUGCUUUCAGGAAAAGAAAAUAAUGAAGUGUGCAUAAUACUGAAUGACUGGAUUCACAGUGAUUCUGCCUCAUGGUGCAGGAGUAAGAGUCUUCCAAAACAUUUUAAUAUUGCCCAGGACACAAUAAAUUUCACUCAUUCAGAAGAAAUAUCGAUCACACAUGAAGCUUAUGACCGUGUCUCCAGUAAUUGCAUUGGGUUAGCUUCGUUCAUACCUUCAAAAAAUGAAAAUGAAAUGUGUCUUCUUAACCUGAACAAAUAUGGAGAUGUCUUUUCACAACAUUUCAAACUCUCAGACAGUAGUGAUGAAGUAGUUAAUAAGGAGGACAUAGAGAUUGGCAAAAAAAUUUUAAGCAGAUGGCAGGAUCAUGUAAAUUCAACUGUACAGAAAGCAGAGCAACAGCAGUAUAUUGAGGGAUCUCAAUUUUUACAGAAGCUGGUUAAAAGAGACAGUGUUAUUGCCACCAGCUUAUGUGAAAUGUUCAUGGGACUUCCAGACUUUGCAAUUGAUGAAGAGGAAUGUACUAAUGAAAGUACCUCAGAAAAUAUUUGGGACCUAAGAUUAAAUAUAAAAAAAGUCAAGAAAGGUAAGCAGUCCCAACAGAAACAGAAAGAAUGGCUACAGAGCUUAGUAGAUGAAUACCUUAUAGAUGAUUCUGUUCAAUGCAGAAAUAAAGUAUCAUUACCUAAAAAAAAACAUAAACAGAUAGAUAGAUAUUUUCCAAGAAAAAUUGCAAAUGCUCAGAAAACUGAUUUUAGUAAUGCACCCAAAGACCCUUUAACCACAAAACUUUUCACUCCAUGGACUGAGAAUAUCCCAGCUGGACGAGGCUUUCAUUAUCACACUGCCCCUCUUGCUUUCAACAGAAUGAGUCACAUUCCAGUAAAGAUGAAGCACCUGGUUCCUCUUGAGAGUAAUGACUUGGACUUUGAAGAUAUGUAUGAGUCAUCUGCAGAAAGCGUUGAUGAACCAUUGUAUACCUCACAGGCUGCAUUGGAUGACUCGCAGCAUUUCCAAGUCUCCCAAAUAUUAUCACAGCAAAUUAUGAAAAUACAAAAGAAGAAAGCCAAAAAGCGGCGAGUUGAUGGAUUUUAAAUUUUUGUCUGUAACUUUUGUAUGUACUUAGGUAUUAACCAAAAAUUUCAUAUAUUGCUUAUGUUUGUCAACAUAAUACUACAAUAUUACAUAGGAGAAUUUUGUAACUUUAAAAAAAAUUAUGUAAAACAUUAUAGUUUUUGUUUUCAAUAAUACACAAAAUAGUCUUGUAUACUGUAAAAUCAAGAUAUUUCUUUAUGAGCGCUAAAAUUUGUGUAAAGGAGUUUGAAAUAAAAGCCAGAGUACUGA